GCAUGCAGCAGAUUUCGCAAAGUAGCAUCAUGUACGGUGGGAGGUUUUAUCUACAUCAUUUCAGCUGAAAAGUGUGCGCUUUAAUCUGAUAAUAUUAAUGAAGGUCAUGCAAAGAAAAGCAUUUUAACUGCCAGACGGAUGCACUCAACAUCUGAUAAUAGAGCGCGUUGCUAUCUCUUAUUUUCGGAUGAUUAGAACCACAGAUGAGCAAGAAAAGCAUUAGAAGUGGAAGAUUUGGUUGUUAUCUGGUACCUGUGGAUGCUACAGUGGUAAACAAAACAUGGACCUUAUAUAAUGGAUUACAUGGGAUCCUUUGCUUUCUGCUGCUUAAUCCUCUUUGCAUUUGUUGCAGGUACAGAUUUAAUCAGCUGCUCUUCCCAUUCAGUACUUAAUGUGACUGGAGUGGAAGGAGAGGCAGCUAUUCUCAAGACCCCAAUAAAAGAAUCAGAAGCCAGAAGUAUAGACUGGAGGUAUGCAGAUGCUCAAAUGGAGAAAAAAAUAGCAUCAUUUAUUCAUGGAAACGUAACAACAGACGAGGAUGACAGGUUCAACACUCGAGUGGAGCUAAACACCACUGCCUUCUUUCUGAAGAUAGUACCCUUAUAUCUAAGAGACAGUGGGCAAUAUAUUAGUGAAAUACAAAUGAAUGCCAGCUUUAAAUGCAGUCAGCGUUUUGAUCUUAGAGUGCAUGCAAAAAUUUCUAGUAUAUUUUUAAACAAGAAAUCAGGAAGUACCAAUUGUUUACUGAAGAAUUCUGAAAACUUGACUAACUUGACAAAUGAGCAGACUUGUAUGGCAAAUAGUAAAUUUAUCCUUAAAUGCUGGGUGGAAGAAGGCAGUAACAUCACCUUUCAUUGGCAGAAGAAUGGUUCAAACGUCACCAAUGGCAUCAGGAACUGUACUCCUCACUUUGUUAACUGCUCACUACUUGAAGCACCCAUAGAUACUGAAGACUGUAAUGCCAAUUAUAGCUGUACAGCCGGCAAUGCAUCUGUUAUUAAAACAGAAUGUGUUCUAACAUGUCUGACAGGUAUGCAGAAAGAACAGAAUGGGGAUAACAGAUACAUUCUUGGAAUAAUUAUUGGGCUCCUUUUACUGGUCGUGGUUCUGAUAAUUACACUUUGUUGGAAGAGAAAAAAGAAAUAUGAAAGAAAUGAAGGCAGGUACUUGUUUUAUUCAUUUAAUAAUUGUACACAAAUUUGCCUGGAUUGUGAAGCAAUCACACUAGUAGUGUCAUGCCUGUAA